AUGAAUAAUCCUGAUGAUGAAAUUGGAAUAGGUGAAGGUGAAGGUGAAGGUGAAGCUCAAGCUGAAGGGUCUGACCUUGAGAGCAAGUUUCCUCCCACACCUAUAGUUGGUAGCAACAAUUCAUGUGCUUCUCAAACUUCACGUGUAAAUAAUGUUAGAGAUGAUGAAACAGGAUUUUAUAAGGGAAUGACAUUCAAGAACAAGCAAGAAGUGGGAAAUUCAUUGAAAAUUGCUUGCUUGAAAAAAGACUUUAGACUUAAAAAGGUGAUCAAUUCUCAUAAUGUGUUUUCCUUGAAAUGUUCAUAUCCGGAUUGCAAUUGGUGGCUGAGGGCUGUGAAAUUUACAAAUAGUGGCGGGUUUAUCAUUAGAAUCUAUGAAAAGUACCAUACGUGUGGUUCAGAGCAUCUUACAAGCCAUAAUCCCCACGCCACGACAAAAGUCAUUGGUAAGUACUUUGAAAAUCGGUUUCCCAAUGGUAAAGGCCCAUCCACAAGAGACAUGUCAAAUCAAUUUCGCACAGAAUUGAAUUGUAAGGUAAGCUAUUGGAAGAUUUAUAAGGGCAUGGAGCAUGCUAAGUCUAAUGUUAGGGGAACACAUGAGCACGAUUACGCAAUGCUUAAUGCAUACCGAUAUGUGCUUCAAGUUGCGAAUCCAGGAAGUAAGACUGGAUUGUCGCUCGAUGAAAAUGGGAGGUUCCAGUACUUCUUUGUAUCAUAUGAUGCUUGGAUAAUUGGUUUUCAAGAAAUGAGAAAAGUAAUAGCCUUUGAUGGUACAUUUCUAAGGAGCAAGCAUCCAAGUAUCCGAAAGAUGGUUUCGAGAAUCUACCCUGCAUCUCAUUAUGGUUGUUGCAUGAGACACCUUGGGGAAAAUAUUCAAAAUAACUUUCACAAUUCAAAGGUAGUGUCCCAUUUUUAUAAAGCAGUAAAGGCGUACGAUAUAUCUGAGUUCAAUGACCAUUUUAAUCAAAUAAGAGAUUUGGUACCAAAGGCCGCUGAAGCUCUUGAAUGUUUUGGAUUUCACACAUUCAGUAGGGCAUUUUGCUCGGGAAAUAGAUAUAACAUUAUGACGUCAAACAUCGCGGAAUCGGUGAAUGCUAUGUUUGAUGUUGAAAGAGAAUUUCCCAUUGUCGCUCUAUUUGAUGAAAUAAAUAGGAGAUUUGCAUUGUUAUUUCACCAGAGGCGUAUGGAACUAUUUGAUUUUUUCAAUCGUAAUGAUCCAACUGCACUGAGAGUGGUUAAAAAAGUAGCAGAAUGUGGCCACCGUGGUGCAGAGUAUGUGCUUGCCGUAAUUUCAAUAUUUGAAGGCGGUAUUUCCAUGAGAGAAGGCUUGAUGUACAUUGCCAACAUGAAAAAAAAUGCCAGUAAUAGUGAGAAGAUGUCGACACCAUUUGUGGUGCAUUUUAAAUCGAAUGUGGGUGCAAGAACCUAA